AUGCGGCCCCUGUGGCUCUGCUGGACACUGUGGCUGCUAUCCCUGGCCCCGCCAGGGGCGGCGCUGAGCGGGGAGCAGAUCCUGGCCAGCCUGCUGCAGCAGCUGCACCUCCACCAGGCGCCCGUCCUGGACAGAGCCGACCUGGAGGGCCUGGCCGUGCCUGCCCAUGUGAGAGCCCAAUACGUGGCCCUGCUGCAGCACGGCCACAGGGAGCGCUCCCGCGGCAAGAGGUUCAGCCAGAACUUCCGAGAGGUGGCCGGCAGGCUCCUGAUCACCGAGGCACACACGCACCUGCUAGUGUUUGGCAUGGAGCAGCGGCUGCCGCCUAACAGCGAGCUGGUGCAGGCUGUGCUGCGGCUCUUCCAGGAGCCGGUCCCCAAGGCCACCCUGCGCAGGCACGAGCGCCUGCCCCCGCACAGCGCCCAGGCCCGGGUCACCGUGGAGUGGCUGCGCAUCCGUGACGACGGCUCCAACCACACCUCCCUCAUCGACUCCAGGCUGGUGUCCAUCCACCAGAGCGGCUGGAAGGCGUUCGAUGUGACGGAGGCAGUGAACUUCUGGCAGCAGCUGAAGGAGCCCCGGCAGCCGCUGCUGCUGCAGGUGUCUGUGCAGAGGGAGCACCUGGGCGCAGGCUCCUCCAGCGCGCACAGGCUGGUGCGCUUUGCCUGGCAAGGGGAGGCUGGUGGUGUGUCGAGCGAGCCGCAGCUGGAGCUGCACACCCUGGACCUCAAGCACUAUGGAGCUCAAGACAACUGUGACCCUGAGAUUCCAGCAACCGAGGGCACCCGCUGCUGUCGCCAGGAGACCUACAUUGACCUGCAGGGGAUGAAGUGGGCUGAGAACUGGGUCCUGGAGCCCCCUGGCUUCCUGGCCUAUGAGUGUGUGGGCAGCUGUCUGCAGCCUCCGGAGCGCCUGAGCCUCCAGUGGCCACACCUGGGCCCACGACAGUGCAUUGCCUCGGAGACGACCUCGUUGCCUUUGAUUGUCAACAUGAAGGAGGGAGGCAGGACCAGGCCCCGGGUGGUCAGCCUGCCCAACAUGAGGGUACAGAGGUGUAGCUGUGCCUCAGAUGGGGCACCUGUGCCCAGGAGGUUGGAGCCGUAGUGCCCCUGUUGCUCCUGAGGCCUCUGACCAGACACAGGCAUAGAUGCAAGUGUUAACACGUAGGUUUUAAUUGUACAUUUAGCAAGUGACCCCGUCCCGAUGUAGCGCCCCGUAGAGCUUUGGCCACCCUUCAUCCUAAGCACUUACAUGAGUGAAGAAUAUCAGUUGUGUUAGGGAAUCCCAGAGAGCUAAGCAAUGGACAGAUUUUUGGGGAUGGGGGCAGGGGGAGUUCUAUUCUCUGGCUAAUUAAUUCUUCAUUGAGCGUGGAACAACAAUAACAAAAAUGCUGCAAUGAGAACCGAGGAAAGAAAACCGGUGCCCCCCAUCCUAUGAUGAAUUAAGAACAAAAGGAAGGAAAUCCCUGCUUCUCCUAG